UCAAUAAAACGCCCAAAUCCCACACAACACAACGCAACACCCUGGAUAUUCCUGCCUACGAACAUAGAUGCACCAAAUAUAAGAGAUAGAGAUAGAGAGAGAUGGGUAGAGCUCCUUGCUGUGAUAAGGCAAAUGUGAAGAAGGGCCCAUGGUCGGCUGAAGAAGAUGCUAAGCUUAAGGAGUUCAUGGACAAAUGUGGCACCGCUGGCAAUUGGAUCGCUCUUCCUCAAAAAGCUGGUCUGAAAAGAUGUGGAAAGAGCUGCAGAUUGAGAUGGCUUAAUUAUCUCAGACCUAACAUUAAACAUGGCGAAUUUUCGGAUGAAGAAGACAGAAUUAUUUGCACACUCUACGCAACCAUUGGAAGCAGGUGGUCAAUCAUCGCAGGCCAGUUACCCGGGCGAACCGACAACGACAUUAAGAAUUACUGGAACACCAAGCUCAAGAAGAAAUUAAUGGGACUCAUCCCUUCAAACCACACCAAAUAUUCACAGCCGCACUCGCAUCUAUACAGCGAUUUCAACUCCUUUUAUCUCCAAACUGCUAAAUCAGUUGAACCAAUGCCAUCCUUCUACUGCAACACAUUUUCACUAACCACAUCUCAGUAUCCUUAUUUUUCGCAAAAUCAAGAGGCCUUGGCCGAUCUCCAGCACUAUCAAGAGAAGGAAGGCAACAAAAUGCUCAUGUUUGGUGGCAAUGAAGCGAGCUGUAGCAAAGAACACGUCAAACAGGAAGGAAUUGCCUGCGGUUUUCACGGAUUUUACGGUGAAUUUGAUCAGAAAUGCAUGCUGAUAAAUGAUGCGUUUUUUUAUCAAAAGCCGUUUAAUUCGGAUGGUCAGUUGCAGUGUGACGUGGAACAAGUUAAACAGCUGAUUAGUAACAAUCAUGAUGAGGGCAAGGAGAUGUUGUAUUACUAUUAGCUAGAGAGAGAAAAUUUGACUAUAAGUACAAUAUGAAAGAUUUGAAGAGGUAA